GGUGCGCGCCGCGGCUUGGGGGAGAGUUGAGCGCUUUUCCCCCCUCUUUUUUUUUUUUCUUUUUUUUUUCUCCUCUUCUUCUUAAACAAACCACAAACGGAUGUGAGGGAAGGAAGGUGUUUCUUUUACUCCUGAGCCCAGACACCUCUUUCUUUUCCGUCUAAGCUUGUUUUGCUGAGCACUUUUUUUAAAAAAGAAAAAAAAAAAAAAGGAAAAGAAAAGGAGUUGCUUGAUGUGAGAGUGAAAUGGACGUAAGAUUUUAUCCACCUCCAGCCCAGCCCGCCGCUGCGCCCGACGCUCCCUGUCUGGGACCUUCUCCCUGCCUGGACCCCUACUAUUGCAACAAGUUUGACGGUGAGAACAUGUAUAUGAGCAUGACAGAGCCGAGCCAGGACUAUGUGCCAACCAGCCAGUCCUACCCUGGUCCAAGUCUGGAAAGCGAAGACUUUAACAUUCCUCCCAUCACUCCACCUUCCCUCCCUGACCACUCCCUGGUACACCUGAAUGAAGUUGAAACUGGUUACCACUCUCUGUGUCACCCAAUGAACCACAAUGGCCUGCUCCCAUUCCAUCCGCAAAACAUGGACCUACCUGAAAUCACCGUCUCCAACAUGCUGGGCCAGGACGGAACGCUGCUCUCCAACUCCAUUUCUGUGAUGCAAGAUAUUCGGAACCCAGAAGGAACUCAGUAUAGCUCCCAUCCUCAGAUGGCAGCCAUGAGACCAAGGGGUCAGCCGGCAGACAUCAGGCAGCAGGCAGGAAUGAUGCAGCAUGGCCAGUUGACUACCAUCAACCAAUCCCAGCUGAGUGCUCAGCUUGGUUUGAACAUGGGAGGAAGCAAUGUUCCCCACAACUCACCCUCUCCACCAGGGAGCAAAUCUGCCACUCCUUCACCAUCCAGUUCAGUGCAUGAAGAUGAAGGCGAUGAGACCUCUAAGAUCAAUGGAGGAGAGAAGCGGCCUGCCUCUGAUAUAGGGAAAAAACCCAAAACCCCCAAAAAGAAGAAGAAGAAGGACCCUAAUGAGCCUCAGAAGCCUGUGUCUGCCUAUGCGUUAUUCUUUCGUGAUACUCAGGCUGCCAUCAAGGGCCAAAAUCCAAAUGCUACCUUUGGAGAAGUCUCUAAAAUUGUGGCUUCGAUGUGGGAUGGUUUAGGAGAAGAGCAAAAACAGGUCUAUAAAAAGAAAACCGAGGCUGCAAAGAAGGAGUACCUGAAGCAACUUGCAGCAUACAGAGCCAGCCUUGUAUCCAAGAGCUACAGUGAACCUGUCGAUGUUAAGACGUCUCAAGCUCCUCAGCUGAUCAGUUCCAAGCCGUCAGUGUUCCAUGGGCCCAGCCAGGCCCACUCAGCUCUGUACCUAAGUUCGCACUAUCACCAACAACCUGGAAUGAAUCCUCACCUAACUGCCAUGCAUUCUAGUCUCCCCAGGAACAUCGCACCCAAGCCGAAUAACCAAAUGCCAGUGACUGUCUCUAUAGCAAACAUGGCUGUGUCUCCCCCUCCUCCCCUCCAGAUCAGCCCACCUCUCCACCAGCAUCUCAGCAUGCAGCAGCACCAGCCACUCGCCAUGCAGCAGCCCCUUGGGAACCAGCUCCCCAUGCAGGUCCAGUCUGCCUUACAUUCACCCACCAUGCAGCAAGGAUUUACUCUUCAACCUGACUAUCAGACUAUUAUCAAUCCUACAUCCACAGCCGCACAAGUUGUCACCCAAGCAAUGGAGUAUGUGCGUUCGGGGUGCAGAAAUCCUCCCCCACAGCCUGUGGAUUGGAAUAACGACUACUGCAGUAGUGGGGGCAUGCAGAGGGACAAAGCACUGUACCUUACCUGAAAAUCUGAACACCUCUUCUUUCCACUGAGGAAUUCAGGGAAGUCUUUUCACCAUGGAUUGCUUUGUACAGCCAAGGCAGUUCUCCAUUUUAUUAGAAAAUACAAGUUGCUAAGCACUUAGGACCAUUUGAGCUUGUGGGUCACCCACUCUGGAAGAAAUAGUCAUGCUUCUUUAUUAUUUUUUUAAUCCUUUAUGGACAUUGUUUUUCCUCCUUCCCCGAAGGAAAUAUGGACCAUUCAGAUUUUAUGUUGUUUUUUUGCUGUGAAGUGCUGCGCCCUAGUAACUGCCUUAGCAACUGUAGAUGUCUCGGAUAACAGUCCUGGAUUUUCCAUUGGUUUUCAUAAUGGGUGUUUAUAUGAAACUACUAAAGACUUUUUAAAUGGCUUGAUGUAGCAGUCAUAGCAAGUUUGUAAAUAGCAUCUAUGUUACACUCUCCUAGAGUAUAAAAUGUGAAUGUUUUUGUAGCUAAAUUGUAAUUUGAAACUGGCUCAUCCCAGUUUAUUGAUUUCACGAUAGGGGUUAAAUUGGCAAACAUUCAUAUUUUUACUUCAUUUUUAAAACAGCUAAUAGUUCUAUAUUUUCAAAAUAUUUGAAAAAAAAAGUAUUCCCAAAUGAUUUUAAUUUAAAAACAAAUUGGCUUUGUCUCAUUGAUCAGACAAAAAGAAACUAGUGUUAAGGGAAGCGCAAACCCAUUUAUUUUGUACUGCAGAAAAAUUGCUUUUUUGUAUCACUUUUUGUGUAAUGGUUAGUAAAUGUCAUUUAAGUCCUUUUAUGUAUAAAACUGCCAAAUGCUUACCUGGUAUCUUACUAGUUGCAGAAACAGAUUGGAAACAGCUAAAUUAUAACCUUUACAUAUGGCUCUAUAUUAUUGUUUCUUCAUACUGUGUCUGUAUUUAAUCUUUUUUUAUGGAACCUGUUGCGCCUAUUUAUGAAAUAAUAAAUAUAGGUGUUUGUAAGUAAAUUUGUUAGUAUUUGAAAGAGGUUUCUUUGAUGUUUUAACUUUUGCUGGCAAAAAAAAAAAUUCACGCUUGGUGUGAAUACUUUAUUAUUUAGUUUUUACAGUGACAUGAAUAAAGCCAAACCUGCUUUUCAUUUAGCAGCAAAUUAAAGUAACCAGUCCUUAUUUCUGCAUUUCUUCGGUUGAUGCAAAUGAAAAACUAUUCUCCUUAAGAACUUUCUUUCUUCUUCAAUAUAAAGGAAAAUUGCCCCCAAAGUCACACAGCUCCAAGACUAAACACACACAUCCUCUACCUAAAGAGUUGCUUUUUGGUUCUCAGCUGAUUUUAGUCAAUUCUGAAAAUCACACACACACACACACACACACACACACACACACACCAUAAAAUUCAAGUCCAGUCACCUAAAACUCAAGCUGCAUGCUUCUCACAAAGUCUCCCAAACAUGUAAGAACAGAUCCAUGCAAAGGAAGGAACAAAAGGGAAGCAUACUGUUAGGAAUAAACCUAGAAAUGAAAGGUGAGUAAUCAGACAGCAAAAGAGAAAGGAAACGCAUUCCAAAUUUGAGAGCUGUUUUUAUGGAACUGACAGUCUUGCUGUCUCUUGUGUCUCUAGAAGCAACUUCUCUUCCCAAAAAGAAUUCUGAGAGAUUUGCUAGGGGGACCAAAAAUUUUGAAAAUCUGGAUGAGGAUUUGCAUAGAUUUUACACCAAAAAAAAAAAAAAAAAAAGAGCUAGAAAAUCAUUCCCUUACACGAGACUAUCAACUAAGUUAACCUGGUUGAAAAUCAAAAGAAUGGUUAAUGUCUCUUUCAUGGAAUGUGCGAAACAAAUCUAGCAGUUUAACGAAAUACAAAUAUAUGCAUUAUGUAACCCAAUCAGAAUUAAAAAGACAAAAGGUGUGCUUGCUUUGGAAUGAUUUUAGGCAUUGUACAACCUUGAGUCACUUGAGCAUGUAAUAACUAAUAAAUAAUGCAGAUCCAAUGUGAUUAUUAAAAUGACUGUAGCUGAGAGCUCUAAUUUUCCUGUCUUGAAACUGUAUAAGAACUCAUGUGAUUAAGUUCACAGUUUAUUGUUUGUCUGUUUAGUAUUUUAGAAAUAUACCAGCACUACUAAUUAACUAAUGUCUUUUAUUGAUUAUAUUAUGAUAAAGUAAAAAUUUCUCUUGCAUUAAGUCUAAACUGAGAAGGUAAUUACCGGGAUGAGAAUAAGCAGCUUUGACUUCGACAGGCGGUUUGUACAGGGAAGUGCGAUGUUGUUUACAGCUUCUCCAGAGCAGGUGUGCAACCAGGGUAGAGAGAGUGUUGAAAUUUAAUACCAAAUACAGUAAAAACAAAUGUAAAUAAAAGAAAAUACAUCAUCAAUAAAAACUCUUACCAUGCGUGACCGUA